AUGGUGGUGCUGCGCCUGCCAAACGCACGUCUUCAGCCGCCAACGCUCAUGCUGGCGGCUCGAGUGCCAGCACGCGCGGUGCGAGCGCUGCCACGCGUACCGCUACCCGCGGUACGCGUACAACGCGCCCCUUCCCAAUGUCGUGGAAGGGGCUGUACUUGGGGCUCUGCGCCAGCGACAACACCCACUUUACCACGCAUCAGGAUAGACGCGCCAUCCUACAACCUCCAGAAGCUCCGCCAGGAGCGACGCGAACGAGAUGAAGGGGACGACGGCGCUAGCGACACGGGUGAGGGCGCGGGGGGGAGCGAUGCGGAUGGAUUGGGCUCUUGCAUUCGUGCGGGGCGGCAACCGCAAGCUUCCGCGCUCCUCUGCACGCACGCGCGCGGCGCGUGUCUGCAUUUUCGGUGUCUGCAAUGCAGAGCGCGGGCUUCUGACUACGAGCCCGCAUCUCCUUGUGAACCUCGAUUUGACGACGCUGCACCACCGCCGCCGCCGCCAAUCCCGCCCCGCCACCCAGAGCGGGCGUCAGGAAGACCCGAACCCGCCGGCGCCAUGGUUCUGGAAAGGGCGGAGACUAUCCCAAUCAUGAGUGUCGACGAUACGAAGAGGGCGGGGAUGGCGUCGAUGAUGAUUAUCGUGCAAGACGUCGACGCCGAGAGGGCGAUGGCGUCGGCGGAGACGCUGCUCAACGCCCCGAGUAGCAUUGCUGAGACGUUGCGGAAUGAGCCGGGUAGGAUACCGGAGACCCUUACAGCUCCGAUAGCAAGAGUUCGGGUGCAGCAACAUCGUCCACCGAUGCUGCAUAUGCACCGGCCACUGCUGAUUCCGCGUAGGUUUCGUUGA